AUGUUUAAUAGCGCUGGAGAUUCUGAUUCAAACAUUUUGCUGGAUGAUGACCGAAUAGAUAGACAUUCGGACUGUAUUAAAACCGGAAUUUUGAUAAAGAGAGGUCAAAAGUAUAAAAGUUUAAAGAAAAGAUAUUUCGUUUUAUUACAAGACGGUUUUCUCUUCUAUUACAAAGACAAAACAGAUCUCGAUCAUCCGUUAGGCAUCAUUUAUCUCAAAGCAAAUGCCUUUCUUAACAAGAAUGCCGAGAUUUCAGAAACCGUUGGCUUCGGAUUCACCAUACGAGCUGGAUCGAAACGAUUCUUGUUAGCUGCAGAGUCGAGUGAAGAGAAAGCAAGUUGGUGUCGAGCCAUUGACAAGGUCAUUACAUGUUGUGCCUCUCGAGAGAAAGCACUUGUUCAACAACAACAACAACAACAACAACAACAACAACAGAGGAAACGCACACAAGUGAUCAUGUCAUCCUCCCCGACGACGGCAAUGAAUCAUAAUGAUGUGAACAAAUCAUCACCUUCAUCGUCAUUACCGCAACAGCCUCUUUCUCCGACUUUAUCAUCCUCGAGUGGAGUGGUGGUUCACAUCAUCACGAAUGAAGGUUCUUCCACCUCGUCGAUGGAGAAUAAUAAUGGGAAUUUCCAUUCUGCUGUUACUUCUUCUUCGAACAUGACAGCACCACCGACAACGACGACGAGUGGAACCUACACUGGUGGCACCACUAAUCUGAAUGGAUACGAGAGGGAAAAAUUUGAAAAAUUACAACGACAAAAGGAUGAAGCUUUAAAUAUUUUGCAACAAAUUGAUGUGACAUUUGUGAAAUUAUUAUCCACUACAAACCUUUUGAAAAAGGAAAUUCAACAAGGCUUGGAAAAAUUUAAGACACAACCUUCCUCCUCCUCUUCAUCAACAACAACAGAGGAAGCUCAGCAAAUUGAAAAUCCUGAUCCAAAAAAGAAAAACAUCAACAACCUUCAAAAACCUCAUCAAACCUCUUCAAGUGAAGAAGACAGUGACACAGGAUUUGACACAAGUGAUUCUGAAGAGACAGACACUUCCACUGUUCGUACCUCGUUUGAUCCUACUGUUAUUCUUGCUCCAUCUACAGUCUCCGAUUUGAUGAAUCCUGUAGAGCGAUUGAAAGGUCUCAAAAUGACCAUGGACAAAGUUUCCAAUGAAUUAUCUUCACUGUUUGAAAAGCUUCAAUUCAAAAACUCAUCGAUGGAUGAAACAACCAAACAUCUUACAGAAACCGUUGAUGAACUUGAACAGGAAAAUCAAGAAUUGAAACAACGAAUUCAAGAUUUAGAAACAGAGAAUGCUGAACUCACCCACCACAAACGACUUCUCAUUAAGGAAGUGAAAAAGUACAGAAAUGAAGCAGCAGCAGCUUCAAGUUCUCCCUCUCCUCCUCAACAACAAUAA